CGACAGAAUUACACAAUUCGCUCCCAUCUAAAAGCAUUGAGUGAACGGCCCCUGAUAGUCAGUAAAUAAAGAGCAAGUUUUAUCGCUAUAACAAAGACAUGUAUAUAAAUUAUUAGUGCAUGUUAAAAAUGUUUCAUAAAAUGAGUCGCGUACUACCUUUUGUUAUUACUCGUAAUAUCUGAGUUAAAUGAUUAGUGCCAUCAAUGUAGUAGAGUGAAAAUAAAAUUGAACUAUAUCUCUAAAAUUUAUAAAAAGUUAUCACAAUUGCAUAGUCUCGCAUAAGUUUGUAAACAAAGAAUGGCUGCCGAACCUCGUGUAAGUAGUAAUAAAGCAAAACCACUUGUGCCGCUUUUUCCCAAGGCCGCAGAUUGUGUUUAUACAAGUUGUUAUUGUGAAGAAAAUGUAUGGAAAUUGUGUCAGGACAUCGCAACAAAUCAUGCAUCUGAAUUACCACACUGCUAUGUAGUUUUCAUUAGUAAUAACAAUCGGAGUGUACCACUUUGGCGACAACGAGAAGGAAAAGGAGAUGAUAAAGUCAUCGUUUGGGAUUAUCAUGCGAUUCUAAUCUAUGCACCUGAUGAUCGAGCAGUAGUUUAUGAUUUAGAAAGCGCUUUGCCUUUUCCAACAUUUUUCUGGAAAUACGCCAAUGAAACCUUUAGAUCAGAUGAAGUCCUACGUGUUGAAUAUCAUACAAGAUUUAGACUUGUACCAGCUACGUUAUUUGUACAAAAUUUCGCUUCUAAUCGUCAUCAUAUGAAACGUGAAGAUGGUACAUGGAUCAAAACGCCGCCAAAUUAUCCACCAAUAUCUACGUCAAGCUUUCCAUCUUCACGUUCUGACUCAGUAAGUUCUAAAUUCGAUUGAUCUGAUGAAUUUUGAUUAUUUUCCGAUGAAUUGUCUUCAUCGUUUACUUCGGGCUCAAGAUCAUCAGUUUUUGUUGAUUUCUAUGAAACAAUAACUAAACAUGAACACAAACGUACAUUAAACUAAUUAAAAUGUUGUAACGGGGUGGAAUGCUCCCACAUUACAAUUUAUAUUUAAUUUCGACUCACGCCAAACGAUCCGCCCUCCUUCUUCAACAACUGUCAAUAAUUGGGGAAAUACAGUCACUGAUGCGCCGGGGUCGCUACGGUCGAGUCCCGACAUAUGGUUUUAGGGGUUGGCCAACCUGAGUGGAGAGGUACGAGGGCCAGAGACGACGAGCGAUUGGUCUCUUGUGGCUCGCAGCAACCGCCGUGGACGGACGUGUCUUACUACGACUACCACUAACAUCUUGGUUUCCACAAAUUUCUAUCUACUACUACUACUACUACACGUGCUGCUAGUCAUCAUCAAAAUGGGCCAAGAGCAUAUAAGCCCACGGCUCGUGGAAGCUUAGUCCUUUAAUUAAGUUAAUUAAGUUAUUUAAACUAGUAUUUAUAUAAUAAUUAUUGUGGAUUGGGCCUGGUUGAUUGGAAAGGAUUGGAAUGGUUUGGUGGACUUGGAAGGAAAGACUGGUUAUGGUUUUGGUCUUGGAGGAAAAGGAUCGGUGGAAUAAAAAGACUGGUUAAGGUUGGAGAUUGUUGGAGUAAGUGAACUCGUUUUGUCUAUUGUCGGGUUAACUAUUUAUUUGUUAAAUAAUAUUUUAUUAAUUGAGAAGUCGUUAUUUAGUAAGGUUAGUCGAGUCAAAUUGUUGUUAAUAAAAGUAGUCGAGCCAGUUUUGUUAAUUUAGUCGAGUCAGUUUCAUCAUUCAUUUUGGUUAUUGUUCAUAUCUCAUUAAUUAUCUGUAAAGCGGCUUCGUCUAAAUAAAUGCCAUUGUUUUAUAUUUAAAUUUGACAUAUAAAAUUAAUUUAUCACAACCUUCCUGAUAAGUUUAGGUAUAAGACUUCUCUCGUAAUGUUAAUACUGUGUGGUCCAGUACGGGGCUUAUCCUCGUCCUAAGGUACUGAGUUCAGCUAGACAGGUUUGCAAAACACCUUAAGUUUUACACAUGUGUGGGACACUUAUUGCAUUGAGACCACAAUUCAAUUAAUGUAAUAAGUGCACCCAUUACAAUGGCGCCCAACGUAAAUUUUUUAUUUAACAUCAAAAAUUUAGGGGAGAUUUUUUAUACCAAAACUUUUGGGAGGUUGUAAAAUUUUGGAAAAAAUAGUUAGCGUCGGAAUGCGGUGUGAGCGUCGGAGGGAGUAGGUUUGGAGGAUGGAAGGUCCGUUUCGGAGGCUUAUUUCUGAAAAUAAAUUUUAAUCCUUUGUUUACGUGAACAAGUACCAGUGUACACAAAAUGGCGACUCGUUUUCAAACAGCAAGC